CUUCGGUGUGUGUUGCUGCGGUUCAAUAGAUAUAAAAAAAAGAGAGCGCUUUCUUUUCCUUUUGCCCCCAACGUGCCAACAAAGUUUUACCCUAUUUUCCAAAUGAUUGACUUUUUACCGUUUCUUCCUCAAAGCCAAGAUGGCGUGACGAACGAAUUAUACCAGAUCGCCCGAGAUGCCUGGCUUUUCCAGCUGGCGACACUUCUUGAUGCGGACGACGACGAUUUUAUGCUCCAGAUCACCAACAAUGAAAGCUUACAAAAAUUCAUUACCGCGGUAUUGGAUAGUCAGCUUGAUGGCAACACCGUACUUGCAGAAAUCUUAAAACGCGUAUUUCUUGUGUACGUGCGUGCCGGACGUUUGCUCGAACAGCAGUCCAAUAGUAGUAGUAAUAGCAACAGUGCUGGCGGCCCACUGUUUACACCAGACCAACUGUCAAGUUUUGCCGUGAUCUAUGGCGAAUCCAACCCAUCUCAUGUUCGUGCACUGUUUUCCCAACUGUCGACGACGAAUAAAAAGCUUACGGCUGCUUUGAAUGAGACGAUCGCGACAUUGACGGUGUGUCUUGAGACGGUGACAGCUACGACCGAUUUGGAGCGUCUGUAUGUCAUUGUACGACUCCUGCAAGCGCUUGUAGCGGCUACCGGUUCAAGAAACAACGAGUCGAUCCUGGACACCAUUUUAAAGUGUUAUAACGGGCCAUUGAUGAGAAAGACGAUGGAAAAGGGAUCGAAAGUGUACCAGAUCAAACUCGCAUUAUUGGAUACAUGGAAUCAUAUCGUUGACGCGGUCUACAUGAAGCCCCUCGAAUCGCAGAACAAGGGCGGGAAUGUGGACGAAGAGAUAGACAUGUUUUCGGAAAAGCUGCUGCAAUGGAUUGAGGAAAGCAACAUUGAGCAGCCGCGUCAAGGUUUCUUGGACGCGCCAUUGAUUAUGGACUGGAUAGUUGCGUUUUCAGUUGACGAGACGUUGGAGACGCUUAACAGGAAGCUUUUCAAUGGCGACGAUGAGCGGAUAGAGUUUUUGAGACUUUCGACGCAGCAGAUCUUAGACAUGAACAUUCCAGUUGUCAAGGAAACCAAAAAGCGGAAGAGCAAGAAACAAGCAGCUGCUCCAUCUGCUGCCAAGCAACAGGAGCCACCAGUCUUUGAUGCGCCAGCAUUACAGCAACAGGCGGAUGAUAUCCAUGAGGUGGCAAACAUUUCACAAAUACAUGACUUGUUCCCUGAUCUUGGCGAAGGCUUUAUUCGGGCAUGUCUCAAGCACAACAACAAUGACGUUGAAGUUGUGAUCAUGCAGCUUUUGGAUAACAAUUUACCAACGCCACUAGACACGAUGGAUAGAACUUUACAAGAAUUACCGCCGUCGUUUUUGUCAGCUGAUCAACAGCAUGGGGAAGAGGAAAUGGAGAAACUACCCAGUAUAUUGGAUUCGCGGCGUAACAUUUUCGACAAUGACGAGUUUGAUUUAUUAUCACGACGCACAGUGGCUGUGGACAAGAGCAAAAUGCAUAUGGGACCAAGAGAUCGAGGAACAGCCGACACCAUGCUUCAAGAUCAAAGCUUCAUAAAAAGUGAAAAGCAGAAUGUGUUGCAGCGGAUCUACAACAUGUAUGAAGACGAUUAUGACGAUACCUAUGAUGAUCUCAAUGAAAUGAGCGGACCUGUGGAUCUGGGCGCAGUCGAGAGCGAUUAUGCCGGCGAUGUGAUCAAGAAUAAGAACAAGGGUCCUGCUGAAAGUAUAGAAUAUGAAGGCGAACCCGUCGCCAACAAUGCUGAACACCGCGAUUCGUCCCACCGAUCCAAUCGUAAGAUACCAGAACGACAAGCGCACCAAAAGAAGACGGAAAAUCUUUCCGAUGGCAAGCAAGUGCCGGUCCAAUCAAAAGCAUCCCAAGGAGGCAGCGAUGAUAACAGCAGUAGUAAACGGACCCAAAAGCAUCCACAGCGAUCUGGACCGGAACAAGAUCAACGGCAACGUGCGUAUAAGGACAAGAACAAGGCUCGAUUUGGCAACCACAAUCGCAAGAAAGGCCAUGACAAGAAGAUGGCUAAGGCGGGCGUGGCGGGUCCAUCCUUGUAGAAAAAAUGUACAUUAAGACUACAACCGGUUAUUGUCAUUCACAACCACAUGAAAAGCAUAUUGUUUGUUAUUUUUAUAACCCACCUACAUGUGGCAACCAACAAUGUUGUCACAGAUCCAUCUUAAGACCUACACGGUGCAAAAAACCACAUGAAAAAUAACAACAAGAAUGAUCUACCUCGUGAACAAA